UACACAGUCUGUGUUUAGUCGUCUGAGUCAGGUAGAGGAGUGCUCAUAUCCGAAAUAAUAUGAAGCAAUUGUGCAAUCGACUGUGUCGACAUAAAUAUGUAAACAAUAACUAAGUGUCAGUUUGCAGGGGGGCAAAAGCAUCUAUGAAGGACAAUAUGUCUAUAAUGUCAAAUGCUGUUCGAAAAUGUACCAGACCAGUUUGGCAGUUAAGAUCAAUUCAAGAUGCUCAUGUUUUAAAAAAAAGUGUGAACAGGAAAAGAGUACCAGACCUUUCACUACAGCACAGUCUAUGCAGCAGUGCCCCUAGACUGUUCAGAUUUGAUGACAUGGCUCAACCAAGGUUUGAAAGGGUGCUUGUGAAAUUGCAGAAGAAUGGAGAUUCCUCAUUUAAAAAUGCACAUUUUACCCAGUGUCUAGUGGCCGCCCUGUCAGCCCAGAAUGAUGCCUGUAUCACUCAGUGCAAUGUAGAGAUGCGUGAUACUCAUUUGCAUAUCUCUGCACCGUCAUCUGGGAAAUCUGCAAUCAAAAUGAAGCAUCCAUCAUUUUGCCCAGUCCACAACAUGCAGUCCACAAAUUACUCCUCCCUGCCAGAGGACGUCUACACUCGGGGCGUGGACUGCGGGGCGGCCAUCAUCCUAGAGGCGGGCGACGGACGGGUGUUGCUCACACGCAGGGGGGACAACUUACGAACAUUCCCAGGGAUAUGGGUUCCACCUGGUGGACACAUAGAACAGAACGAAUCGUUUGCUGAGGCGGGUCUGCGUGAGUUGAGGGAGGAGACAGGACUAGAUAUAUCAGAACACAUGUGUGUACAGCCAGUACAGGCCCUUGCAGUGUGGGAGUCCGUAUACCCUCCAAAGCUCUCCCUGGGCCCUCCCGUGCGCCACCAUGCAGUGAUUUACCUGCACGCCAAACUGAAGCCUGAGUACACGUCAACUCAGCUGUACCCGAAUAUUCAGAUGGACCCCAGUGAGGUAGGGGCCUGUGCCUGGUUCAGUAGGUCAAUGGCCAAGGUCAUUGUGUCAGCCAGGGAGGAGGAUGCUGGGAGCUUGGUUUUGGAGCAUUCUGUAGAAUCAUUUAGUGCCCUAGUGCUCAAUGCGGCUCUCGGGCAGUGUGAAGUAACUCUGCCAUUCAGUGACCUGCUGCAGACAGCGGGCGAUGACAAGGACAAGAGGGGCCGUGUGAGCACGGGAACCAAGUUUGCUUUGGAGGAAUGGCUUAGUCUUACAUGAUCUUGCCUUGACCUGGCCAUGACAUUGCUCACAGAGCCUCACGUGUAUAUGUAGCCUUCUGCAUUCUCGUUUACUUUUAUGAAAGUCUUGUUCCUGUCUAUGAAAGUUCACAACUAUGAAUUUUCUUGAAAUUGACAAUUAACCAAACGAUAACUGCCAAUUAAAAUGACUGUGUUGACUAAUCUGGUUUUAUAUUUGUAGUGGUAAACAAAUGCACUUGUCUGUAUUAUCAAAUCAAUUAACUGUAAGUUUAAAAGCCAUGCAGUUCUUAAAGGAUUUGUUUGAUGCAGUGCUGUCAUGAGAUGUCUUUUUAUGUCCCCCACUAUAGUAGUGUGGGACAUAUUGUUUUUGCCCUGUCUGUUGGUCUGUCUGUUGGUCUGUCUGUUUACGCCAACUUUAACAUUUUGCAAUAACUUUUGCUAUAUUGAAGAUGGCAACUUCAUAUUUGGCAUGCAUGUGUAUCUCAUGAAGCUGCACAUUUUGUGUGGUGAAAGGUCAAGGUCAAGGUCAUCCUUCAAGGUCAGAGGUCAAAUAUAUGUGACCAAAAUCGCUCAUUUUAUGAAUACUUUUGCAAUACUGAAGAUAGCAACUUGAUAUUUGGCAUGCAUGUGUAUCUCAUGGAGCUGCACAUUUUGAGUGGUGAAAGGUCAAGGUCAUCCUUCAAGGUCAGAGGUCAAAUAUAUGUGGCCCAAAUCGCUUAUUUUAUAAUUACUUUUGCAAUAUUGAAGAUAGCAUCUUGAUAUUUGGCAUGCAUGUGCAUCUCAUGGAGCUGCACAUUUUGAGUGGUGAAAGGUCAAGGUCAUCCUACAAGGUCAGAGGUCAAAUAUAUGUGGCCCAAAUCGCUUAUUUUAUGAAUACUUUUGCAAUAUUGAAGAUAGCAACUUGAUAUUUGGCAUGCAUGUGUAUCUCAUGGAGCUGCACAUUUUGAGUGGUGAAAUGUCAAGGUCAAGGUCAUCCUUCAUAAGGUCAAGGUCAUCCUACAAGGUCAAACAUCAUAUAGGGGGACAUUGUGUUUCACAAACACAUCUUGUUUAAAUUAGGACUGGCUCAGUUGAGUUGUAAACAAUAAAUACUGGCAAUGUUUACUUGUACUAACAUUUGUACAUUUUUAUUAUGCUCCCCCAAAAAUUUUGUGGGGGGAGCAUAUAGUCGCCGCUUCGUCUGUCCGUGCGUGUGUCCGUCCGUACACAAUUUUUGUCGGGGCUAUUUCUCAGCAAUUAAUGACCGGAAUUCAAUUAAACUUUAUGGGAAGUUUGACUACCAAGAGAAGAUGUGCAUAUUAUCAGCAGGUUCUGGUCGGAUGAUUUUUCACAGAGUUAUGGCCCUUUGAAAUUUUCCAUUAACUGUACAUAUAGUGCAAUUCUUGUCCGCCCAACUACUAGACGUUUCCUUUUAUCUGAAUAUAUAGUGCAAUAUUGUGACAAAAAAAACCUUUGAGGAGCAUCGGACGUUUUCUUUUCAACAUGUUUUAAACACUGCAAUAUGGGAGGUGCAUUUUUUUUUUUUGUUGAAUAAUAGCUUAGAUUUAAGUGUUGUUUACUUGUUCAGUUGUUAAUAUUGAUAUUUAAUUGUUUUUCAUUCUCUUUAGGUCACCUGAUGACAAAUGCUUAUGGUUAGCCUAUGUAAUCACCUUAUGUCUGUCAUCCGUUCACAUUUAUUUUUCCAUCUUCAUGAACAAGGACAGACAAUUUGUCCGAAUUAUAUUUUUUUCCAAUUUUAAAUUUAGGUCAAAUGUAGCAACAAAAUUGGUAAUACGGACAAGUUGAAAAAAGCCUGAGAACACAUUGGUAUUCAUGUCAUUUUACCAAUCAUCAUGGAAUUUGCAAAAUAAAAUUAUUCUAGUGAUAUCUAAGUCAAGGCUGAAAAUGGUUCCAGUUAGUUUAAAACAUGGCUGCAAAAGAGUGGGCUAUUUUUCAUAUGUGACUAUUGAAAUAUUGAAAACAAGCAAGAAAUCACAAUUUUGCCAAAUCAUGAAACUUGCUUAGAACAUUUUUUCCUUAUAAUGACAAUCUCUGGGGAGAGUUUUGUUGCAAUAGCAGGCUACAACUAUGUAAUGCAUUUAUCCUGGUAUGACAUGAUGAAAAAUAUUUGUACCAGACUUUUAUUAGAUAAUUUCAAAGCAGCGAAUCAGAAGCUAUCUUUGUUGCCUUAUUUUAAAACUUGGUCAGAACAUUUGUUCCAAUAGGUCUCAGGGAGAUAAAAUUUGUUUAAGUCCCAUUUAUUGUACAAACAUAAUUAAAUAAGAUCAGGUUGGUAAAGGAUCUCUUCGUCUCAUGUUAGCACCCCAGGGCGUUUGGCCAACUUGUUUGUGUUGUUUGUAUUGUUUUUAAAUAUUAUUUAAAUGAUAAUAAAAUAUUUAAGUAUGAAAUAAAA